ACACCGCCCUCUCUGAGUGCCACGUUUAAGUGAAACACGCGCACCUACUUUACUAGGAGACUGGUGACGUAAUUUGGGAAGUCGUUGAUUUCCAGCUCGGGAUCAUCCUGCCGAUAAAUCGUAGAGCUGUCUGGGAAGUUGUGUACCAACAGAGAAUAUUUGGAAGGUUUUCUUACGCCUUACACAGCCUAAGUUGCAAGUUUCUCCGCUUUUUAGCUUUGAUAUUGGGCUAAACGAUGUCCUUUGUCCCUGGUCAACCGGUUACCGCUGUUGUGCAACGAAUUGAGAUCCAGAAGCUGAGGCAGGGAGAAAACCUGAUCCUGGGCUUCAGCAUCGGAGGAGGAAUAGACCAAGACCCUGGGCAGAACCCCUUCUCAGAGGAUAAAACCGAUAAGGGCAUCUAUGUGACCAGGAUAACACCAGGAGGACCGGCAGAAGUGGCAGAUUUAAGGAUAGGAGAUAAAAUAAUGCAGGUGAACGGCUGGGACAUGACCAUGGUGACCCAUGAUCAGGCGCGUAAAAAACUCACCAAGAAGAAGGAGGAUGUGGUGCGAUUGCUAAUAACCAGGAAGUCACUGGAACAGGCAGUCAACCAGUCAAAGGGCAAAUAUCCCAGACCGUGAUGUCUUUGCACCCCCCCCCCCCCCCCCCCCCCAACACACCCACUAUAACAGCAGCUUCACACAAGAACUGAGAACCCUCGUGUACACAGAAGAUGUUCAGAUGAUUGUAAUGAAACCAAUGCAAAAAAAACAGAAGGUCUCAGAAUACAUCAGGUGUGUGUGUGUGUGUGUGAUGUUUAGCUGACAAUCUGAAAGUUUGACACUUCUUUUUAGAGUCUCACCUGCACUUCUUAGCUCUGUUGAGAUAUCUGAAAGUAUGAGAUUAUCCUAAAUCUGGGGCAUCUUUUAAAAAGAGGAGAACAAGCAGAGAACUUAAUAAAGAAAACCAAGAUUUCCAUAAUAUCACACAGACCCACGCUUUUGGAGAACUAGUGCAUUUCCCUGGAACGCAGCUUUAUUUGCUGUGUAGAACAAAGUUAUGGAAUGGUUCCCAUUCAACUUGUUUUUAAAGUCAAAUUUAAAUCAUUCUUAAAUAUUUUUGGGAACAUUUUAUUUUUUGUUUUUGUCUAUUUUCUGCUGUGAAACUAGAACAAAUCCCAAAGUUAGAACCAAGCCACUGUAAGACCAUAAUACAGAAUGUAAUGCAGCUUAUGUGAUCAUUUAUAAAAUAAUGGUACCAUAUACUGUGUAAAACCUGUACAAAGGUACAAAGUGUAUAUUGGUGUCAGUAUGUUUUUUUUCUUCCUUUUUGAUACAAGAGUUUCUAGCUUUGGAUCACUCACUUUGUGGUAUUCCUGUAUUUUUUAUUUUUACUAUGUUCUAUUACUUUUGUAAACUUUAUCUAGCAAGAAAAAAAAACAUAAUUUGUUGUUUUUAGAGAAAAAUCAAUCCUGAUCAGCUUUUACUGUCUCAAAACUUUAAAACUACAAUGAAUAUUAUGGAUGUUGCUUUGGAUGCAAAAACUUUGUCCUACUCAAACACCUUUCUACUUUAUUUUUAGUUUGUUUAAAACUCCAAUGAUUGAUCAUCUCAUGUUAUUAAGCAUGUAUCAAAAAUAAAUGAGAGAUGACAGGUUAUUCAACUUUUCCCACAUUUAAACAGCAAAUCCAUUGUUCUUAAACACAAAUCUGUACAUAUUUCCUAAUUUUCUAUCUUUGACAGUGGAUAUUGGGUCAUGCUUUUUCAUGGUAUUUUGUAUGUUUUUGAUGGCAUUUGAUUAAUAAACUGUUGAAUAAACUUCUGUACAUCUAA